GUAAUCUCAUAAUUCCUUAAAUCAGUUUAGGUUAAGCUAGAAAAGUGUAUUAUGUUGUAAUAAAUUAUAAUAGAGAAACUGUUAAUUUUUUUAAAUAAUUCUAAUUUUCAACUAAGUUGUUAGAGAAGCCCUUCAACCAUAUUUAUAUUUUCUGUGGCCAAGUUUAACCCUUACUAAACAAAAUAUAACUUGCUGAAAUUAUAUAUUGAAUAGUGGUUUCUUCUCUAGAAGUCUAGAGUAACUAAAUAAUAUACUUAUAAUUCAAAGUAUACUUUAAUAUAUUAUUGUAAAGGUAUAGUUUGAACUAUAUAAAUUAUUUAAUGUGAAGAAAUUAAAUAUAUAAAUAGAUGUUUUGUUUGAGAAUCAGCUAAAAAAUAAUAGUAUUUCUACUUUACCCUGGCUGAUAUUGUAUAAUUAUAUUCUGUGGUUGAAAUUAAGUUGAUUGUUGUCAAUUGUCAUGGCACUUAUAUUGCGUUUGUGAUGUUUCAUGUUGAUUGUCAAUUGUCAUGGUUAUUUGUUACAAGUUUUAAUUGUUUUUGUGGGUCAAUAUACUACCCCUAGUAUUUAAUAAAUAAACAAUAAACGUUUUUGGCAAUGUUCAAUAUUGUAAGCAGAAAAAAAUAAUACAUGCUAAAAUUGUGUAUAAUUUUAUCUAGAAUUUACAUUCCAACCUUUUCGCCGGUAACCUUCAAGAAACAUGAGUGAAACUUCAUGUUAUAUUCUUGAUAAUGGAGCUUAUACAGCUAAAGUAGGUUUAUCUACAAUGGAGCCGAAGAUCGUACCCAAUUGUAUUAUGAAAGCUAAAUCAGAACGCCGUCGACCAUUCAUAGCCUCACAGCUUGAUGAAUGUCGUGAUGCUUCGGGCUUAUUUUAUAUAUUACCAUUCCAAAAAGGAUUUCUUAUCAAUUGGGACACGCAAAAAACAAUAUGGGACUAUAUAUUUAGCAAAGAAUGUUGUCCAGUAAAUUUUAGUGAAACUCCAUUGAUUUUGACUGAGCCUUUGUUUAACUUUCAUUCAAUUCAAGAAGCAAUGACGGAAAUUUUUUUUGAGGAGUACGAAUGUCAGUCAUUAUUACGUAUUAAUGCAACAGAUUUGGCAGAAUAUCAUUAUAGAAAACUUCAUAAAAAUGAAGGUACCGUAGUUGUUGAUUCUGGUUACAGCUUUACUUACAUAGUGCCAUAUAUAAAUGGAAAAAAGUAUAAGGAAGGUAUUAGGCGCAUAGAUGUUGGAGGAAAAGUCUUAACUAACCAUUUAAAAGAGAUUUUAAGUUAUCGUCAGCUAAAUGUUAUGGAAGAGAGUUAUGUUAUUAAUCAGGCAAAGGAAGACUCCUGUUUUGUAUCACAUGAUUUCAUGGGAGAUAUGCAAAUAACUAGAAGAACAGGUUCUAGAAACACAAUAGUUAAGGACUAUGUUUUACCAGAUUACACCACAUUAAGGAGAGGAUAUCUUCGAGAUAUUGUUAGACCAAAUGAAGAUUUAGAACAACAAACAUUACGGAUGAACAAUGAACGAUUUAGCAUACCAGAACUAUUGUUUCAUCCAUCAGAUGUUGGAAUACCACAAAUGGGUAUACCAGAAGCAAUAAUUAAUAGUAUUGAUUCCUGUCCGGAAGGUAACAAGGAAAGUCUGUUGGAGAAUAUAAUAUUGUAUGGUGGUAAUGCUUUGUUUCCUGGUUUUCGUGAUAGAGUUUUUAAUGAAGUUCGUGCAUUAGCAUUAGACCACUUUGAUGUAAACGUUAGUAUUGCUGAAAAUCCAAUUACCUAUGCCUGGGAAGGUGGAAAGUAUUUGUUUAAAGAUCCUGAGUUUUACUCAUUUUGUUUAACAAAAGAAGAAUAUGAAGAGGAAGGGAGGAAUUUGGCAUUUGAAAGGUUUGAUAUAUAGCGUAGAAAACGAGCGAGAAAUUCUUCAGAGUAAAGGAUAUCGCUCGGUAAAUGUUACAUUUCUAAUAAAGUAUUAUAUACAUUUUAUGUAAAUUCUAUGUAUAAAAAUAUUAUGUACAUUAUUUUUGGAUUAACAAAAAUAUGAUGUUUUGGGACAUCCAUGAGUUAGAUUUCUAAGCUACUAAUGGAAAUCAAUACCACUAUUUGGAAUUAGUAUAGGAUUGUGAAAUACCUCUAUAACCCUUAAUAGUGGUAAGACAGCAUGGAAAAGAGUUGAAUCCCAACAUGCUCAUCUUAGUUUUGAAACUUACCUGUUUUAUUAUUCCACAAUAUAUAUUAGAAGCUUUUAAUACUUAGUUUGAUGUAAAAGUUUUUAUAUAAUUAGCAUGAAAUGCCAAACUUAAAAAUAUGUUGUCCAACUUACAUGUAAAUUACCACAUUAUUUUUAGGAUAUUGUAAAAAGAUAAUAUAAACAUAUAUAUUUGUGCCAAGACUGAAAUUUUAAUAUGAGAUUGAGGGACAAUCCAUGUCAUGUUGUUAUUAUAUAGAAGCUCCUAGUUAGCUUAUUAUUUCCAACAUACAUAUAAUUAAUUAACAUGGUAAUUGCUAAAUGUAGGAAUAACCCUGAUAAUGUAAAUCUGAAUAGGUAGUACAGUUAUGUAUAUUAUGUCAUUAGAAUUAAAUCCUUAUAUUUUUAUAUGGAGACAGAAAUAUCUGAUUGUAACUUACUUGGUAAAAAAUACUCAAAAUAGUUUAUUAAUUUUAUUAUCUUGAAGAUUUCCAUUACAUAUUAACCUAAGCAAAAUUGUUUAAACCAACAAAUACAAUACAGUAUACCUAUUAACAAUAAAUGCAUGUCAUGUGUACUUAAUAAAGCUUUAUUUCCCACUACGCUGUUGUAUACUUUCAAGCUGUUUUCAUGAAAUAAAGCUCUUUUGUGGUUUGUAUUAUCAGAGAAAUAUCUAUUUGUAAAUCAGUCCACUGAUAGGUCAAAUUACAAUAUUUAAAGUAAAACGCUGACAUGUCUAACACAAUCACAGAAUGAAUUGAUAAAACAGUGUUAUUAAGCUGAUUUUGUUAAUAAUUUCUAUAAAUAUUCACUCAGAUCUCCAUAAAAUAAGAGUGGCUGUAAGUUGUGUUAAAUGUUUAAAACCACCACUAAUUUCAAAAUAAGUUUUAUUAGAAUUAAAUUAAUAAUUAAAAUAUGUGAAUACAUCUAGUAUGUGACAUAAAGUAAAUUAACAACUAAAAUAAAAUGCUUUGUGAAUUAUUCACAGAUGAAGCAAACAAAUCAACUAUUGGUUAAAUUGGUAUAAAAGUGUAACCAAAUGCUGAGAAUACUUUUUAGAUUUUUUACUUCAGUUUUAAGAAUAAAUUGUUCAUAAACCUU